AUGAAACUUAUAGGAGGAGUUAGACUCACCAUUAAGUUAUCAAACUCGCUCAUUUUCAAAAGAAGUGCUUCAGUGGACUAUCUCGUUUCAUCUCUUAAUAGAACCGAAGAGAAUAAAGAGCACAAACUGUCAUCACAAACUACGAAUGAAAUAAAGCCAUCAGAAAUUCCACCAAAAGACAGCACAAAGCUAGCCAUAUCACCAAACCAGUUAACUGAUCAUUUUCGAUAUAAAGAAUACCCUAAGCCUACGAGAAGACAAAUUUCUGAGACACAAGCAUUAUUUAAUAAUGCUAGUUUUAAGCUUGAAUGGACAUUAGAUAAGUAUGAAGAAAUACCAUAUAUAAAAUAUAAAAGGUUAAAAGAAGAAAAAACAGAGAAAUUAUCUAAGGUUGAACCUUAUAGAAAAACUGAGUACCAUUUGACACAAUUGAAUUCUAAGAAGACUUUUGGAAUACCGCCAGAACAUCUCAAACCGUUACCUGAGGUUCUAUUAUUAGGACAUACGAAUGUUGGAAAAUCUUCCUUAAUAAAUAGCUUAUUGGUUAAUAGGGAAGAAAAUAAAUCGGCCAAAUUAGCUACUGAGCAUGCAUUUGUUUCAAAGAGGGCAGGAUAUACAAAGACUCUCAACUGUUUUAAUAUUGGCAAUAAAUUGAGAAUAAUGGAUAGUCCAGGUUAUGGAGAAUUCGGGGAACUGUCCCAGGGAGAAGUCAUAACAGAUUAUAUUACCCAAGGGCAAUCUUUAAGAAGAGUUUUUAUAUUAAUAGACAGUGUUAAAGGCUUUCAAGAAGAGGACUUGCACAUAAUAGACUUCAUAAUAAAUGAAGGGGUUUCAUUCGAUUUGAUUUUCACCAAAGUAGACCAAAUUAUUCAAAAGUUCAUGCCAGCAAAGAUAAUAAGCUCUAAGCAUGCCAUUAAAGUUAAAUCCAUUGAAGAUAGAGUGAAAAAUGCCACUUUGAUUAAACAUUCCAACAAGAAAAUUAUUGACUAUUUUAGUAGCAUGAUAGAAGAGUCAAAUAUGUCUAAUCUUGUAACGUUACCAAAGCUCUUCUUUCAUAAUGCUCAAACGAACAAGUUUGUUUCUGCCAGACAGGGUUAUAAAGAGAUUAGAUUUGAAAUAUUGCAGAGUUGUGGAUUGGUUAAAGAAGAUAUUAAGAGUAAUAGUGCUGUUAUUAACGAAGAAGCCAUGAUGAAACAAAAUGCUCUUAGGAGAAAGACGAAGGUUCAAAGACUCGUGUAA